CCUCGGUGUGUCUUCUUUUUUCAUGGGAAAGGACAGCCAUUAAGAUCCCAGACGCAUAAACUUAGCAAAUCAAAUCUUAAUUUCCGUUUCAAUUUCUGGAGGAAUCCAUUUCAUUUCGAUUCUCUGUAAGAAUCCUUCGAUCGUGGGGAUUGAUUGAUUGGUUGUGGAAGGAAAGAAGGAAGAGAAGUUUUUGCUGUAUGUCAGUAGACUGUAUAGAGGCUUACUGCCGUGGAUUUGGAGAGCUCGCGAACCCCUUACAAUGGCCUCAGCUUCGCAAAAGGCGACGCGUACUUCUUCCUGCUGCGCCGACUCUACUCCUGUCAUCGCAGCAGUUGCUGCCUCUGCCAAUGUGGCGCUUGAAAGGACCGUCGCGGAUCGCCGCGACGAUCAGCGUCCUGCCAAACCCACCAUGCCGUUCCUGACUCAUCCUGUUGAUCCGAUUCCUGAACCUUCCACUAAUGCUUCCGCCAAAGGGGUUCAAAUCGUGACGAAAGCUCAAACCAGCCAUCCUCUGGACCCUCUAUCUGCUGCUGAAAUUUCUGUGGCCGUUGCAACGGUCAGGGCUGCUGGAGCCACACCUGAGCUCAGAGAUGGCAUGCGCUUUGUUGAAGCGGUUCUGUUGGAGCCAGAUAAGCAUGUUGUGGCACUGGCGGAUGCUUACUUCUUCCCUCCUUUGCAACCUUCCUUACUUCCCAGGACUAAAGGAGGGCCUGUAAUUCCCACUAAGCUUCCUCCUAGGCGAGCUAGACUUGUUGUUUAUAACAAGAAGUCAAAUGAGACAAGCAUAUGGAUUGUUGAGUUAUCAGAAGUACAUGCAGCAACUCGAGGUGGACAUCACAGGGGAAAAGUAAUAUCUUCUGAAAUAAUUCCAGAUGCGCAACCUCCCAUGGAUGCUGUUGAAUACGCUGAAUGUGAAGCAGUUGUCAAAGACUUUCCUCCAUUUAGAGAGGCAAUGGAGAAGAGGGGUAUUGAAGAUAUGGACCUUGUGAUGGUUGAUCCCUGGUGUGUUGGCUAUCACGGUGAUGCAGAUGCUCCUAGCCGAAGACUUGCUAAGCCGCUUAUAUUCUGUAGAACUGAGAGUGACUGUCCAAUGGAAAAUGGUUAUGCUCGCCCAGUUGAGGGAAUCCAUGUACUUGUUGACAUGCAAAAUAUGGUAGUGAUUGAGUUUGAAGACAACAAAUUUGUUCCACUACCACCAGCAGAUCCAUUGAGGAACUAUACUGCUGGUGAAACUAGAGGUGGUGUUGACCGAAGUGAUGUGAAGCCCAUACAAAUUAUUCAGCCUGAAGGUCCUAGCUUUCGAGUUAAGGGGUACUAUGUAGAGUGGCAGAAGUGGAAUUUCCGUAUUGGUUUCACUCCCAGGGAGGGUUUGGUUUUAUAUUCCAUUGCAUAUGUUGAUGGAAGCCGGGGUCGAAGGCCUGUUGCCCACAGGUUGAGUUUUGUGGAGAUGGUUGUGCCUUAUGGUGACCCAAAUGAUCCACAUUACAGGAAAAAUGCUUUUGAUGCGGGGGAAGAUGGGCUUGGAAAAAAUGCCCAUUCUCUUAAGAAGGGAUGUGACUGUUUAGGUUUUAUCAAAUACUUUGAUGCUCACUUUACAAACUUCACUGGCGGUGUUGAAACCAUAGAAAAUUGUGUAUGUCUGCAUGAAGAGGAUCAUGGAAUUUUGUGGAAGCAUCAAGAUUGGAGAACUGGCUUGGCAGAAGUUAGAAGGUCUAGACGCCUAACAGUGUCUUUUGUAUGCACUGUCGCAAACUAUGAAUAUGGAUUUUACUGGCACUUCUAUCAGGAUGGAAAGAUUGAAGCUGAAGUUAAACUUACAGGAAUACUCAGCUUAGGAGCAUUGCAACCUGGUGAAACUCGAAAAUAUGGUACCAUGAUUGCCCGAGGUUUGUAUGCACCAGUUCAUCAACACUUCUUUGUUGCCCGCAUGGACAUGGCUGUUGAUUGUAAACCUGGCGAAGCAUUCAAUCAGGUUCUUGAGGUGGAUGUUAAAGUUGAGGAACCUGGAGAGGAAAAUAUUCAUAAUAAUGCCUUCUAUGCAAAAGAGACAUUGCUUAGAUCUGAAUUGCAAGCAAUGCGUGAUUGUGCUCCUCUGACUGCUCGCCAUUGGAUUGUAAGAAAUACAAGAACUGUAAAUAGGACUGGUCAAUUGACGGGCUACAAGCUGGUACCUGGAUCAAACUGUUUACCAUUAGCUGGUUGUGAGGCUAAGUUUCUGAGAAGAGCUGCUUUCUUGAAGCAUAAUCUUUGGGUUACAUGUUAUGCACGUGAUGAAAUGUUUCCUGGAGGAGAGUUUCCUAAUCAAAAUCCACGUGACUCUGAAGGAUUGGCUACAUGGGUUAAGCAAGAUCGUUCUCUGGAAGAAACUGAUAUAGUUCUCUGCUGGUUGCCAACAUAGCACUGAAUGGUUUCACGUCAUUUUUGGACAACUGGUUAUGGAGAACCCCCAGAUUAGUGUCGUGUUUCUCUCUCUCUCUCUCUCUCUCUCUCUCUCUCUUAAAAUAUGUUAGUACUCCCUGCAACUUUGAUGCUCAUGUUGAUGUUUAUGAUACCCAUGUAUAUUGAGACUGGUUAUUUUACUUUUGCAAGCCCUUCCUAGUUUAUGAUUCAACACGUGAACUGCAGGUAUGUUUUUGGAAUAACACAUGUGCCUCGGUUGGAAGACUGGCCUGUUAUGCCAGUGGAGCGCAUUGGUUUCAUGCUAAUGCCGCAAGGAUUCUUUAAUUGCUCCCCUGUAGUAGACAUCCCACCGAAUUCUUCUGAAAUGGAUACCAAAGAAAGUGACCUUAAAGACAAUGGGUUAUUCAAAUCUACUCAGAAUGGGUUGCUGGCGAAGCUUUAAAGUGCAUGUUACGUCUGAAAGCAGUAGCUCUUUUCUUACCAACCAACCAACUAGUUACAGAGUGAGCUGUGGUCUUUAGUGAAUCAUAGAAUGGCAUUUGGGUUUGUCUUUGUGAUUUGAUUUGAUAAUGUCAAAAAUGGUUCUUUAUGAUAUGUGAAUGCUGAUAACGUGGUCAAACCUAUCAAUGACUGUUUAAUCAACAAAUUUCUAUCUU